CCGCCGCCUACCUCGCGUUCUUAGCCUCCAAAAUUUGAAUACCUCAACCACCAAAAAAACCAGGAAACCCACGCUAACAAAUGGCGGGACUCAUUCCUGCAAUUCGUUUGAACUCCCUCGGAAGGUCUCGCUUCUACCCACUCUACCACCGCUUCGCGCUGUCACAGGAUGGAAGAAGAGAAUUGAUUCCUGGCCUUCGGCGGAGAGCUUCCGUGCAUUUGUGUUCUCUAGCUGGGGAGUUCGAAUUUGAUGAAGUUCCCGAUGAUGGCAGAGCAGCAGAAAAGCAUUCUGCACUCCGUCUGGCUCUUUCGCAGCUCGGUGGUGGUGGAGAUAGCAGCAGCGACUCUAUGUCGUACAUGCAGCAGUUUUUCGGUUCUCGGAGUGCACCAGUGGUCUCUACUGGUUCAUUGAAGCUGGACAUAGCACUUGGAGUUGGAGGAUUGCCCAAGGGAAGAAUGGUUGAGAUAUAUGGGCAGGAGGCUUCUGGAAAGACGACACUUGCUCUUCAUGUUAUCAAGGAAGCCCAAAAGCGUGGAGGUUCAACCACUACUGCCAUUCCUAUUACUUAUUAUGCAAGAUAUUGCGCGUAUCUUGAUGUAGAGAAUGCAUUGGAUAGUUCACUUGUGGAAGCAGUAGGUGUAGAUACGGAUAAUCUCCUCAUUUCGCCUCCGGAUUCUGCUGAAAAUAUGCUCAGUGUGGUUAAUACACUGACCAAAAGUGGUUCUGUCGAUGUAAUCGUUGUUGAUAGUGUUGCUGCACUUGUUCCUCAACACGAGAUCGAUGGGAUGAUAGGAGGCUGUGACGGAGAUAGACAGUCUCGCAUUAUGAAUCAAGCUCUACGAAAGAUUCAUUAUUCUUUGUGUCAAUCUCAAACUCUUCUCCUUUUCCUUAAUCAGGUUAGAUCAAGCGUGGGACCCGAACUAGAUCGUCGCCAUGUAGAAGAGGUUACUUGUGGGGGAAAGGCCUUGAAAUUCUAUUCAGCAGUGAGAUUGAGAAUGAACAGAAUGAGAUUACUGAAGACUGCUGAUAAGGUGACUGGCCUUGGGGUACGUGUAGAAGUGGUGAAGAACAAGCUGGGGCCUGCAUUGAGAAAGGCAGAACUUGGAAUCGAGUUUGGAAGAGGCUUCUGCCGUGUAUCAGAGGUCUUGGAAUUGGCAUCCGAAUAUGGUCUCAUCACAAAAGAAGGAUCCAGCUACAUCAUCCGAGGGCGAGUCUUCGACAGCGAAUUGGCAGCACACAACCACCUAGCCAAACAUGAUGGCAUCCUCGAUGGCAUUGUCACGGACUUGAGGAGCCAAUUGUUUCCAGAUAGAUAAAACUGUGAGAUUAUCCGUCUCCGGAAAUAUGAGCUCUUAUUCGUAGCUUAGAAACUCAACAAUGUAUGUGCAGCACCACUCUCCACUCAGUCAUAUAUCCUCCACGUUGGAAGAAAUCAUGGCGAUGAGGGAUGAGGAGGAGGAGGAGAGGCAAUUAUUUUAACCCAAUGCCCUUUCAGGGGCUAAAGGUAGAGUCACCAAUUGCUUGUUUGUGAACCCAGCAUUUCUUAUGAUUCUGAGUAUCGAUUUCCGGUGCUGUGAAUUUAUCAUAUUAGACCAUCAUCUACCAUACUUCUGCUUGGUUUUACAUGACUAACUGAUGCAACAACUUAUACAGAGACUAGAACAGACAGAUACACUGUGAUCAUAUCAACCCUCUGGGGCAGAUCAUAAUUCAUAGCUCAUUCGUUCUUCUAAGCAUUGCACAUCAACCCGAUGCGAAGAAAGCUCGAUUUGUUCAGCAAUGUCGCAAACACAGUACAAUAGCUUCAUCAGCAGAUAGGAACAUGUUAAAUGAUUGGAAGAACCCAACUGGGGAAUCAUCUGUUAUUAGAGAGACAUCACCCUAAAACAUGGAAACACACACACCCAAAAGGAAACCCAGAAACAGAUCCUUGCUAGAAUUGAAGAACAAAGAUUCCAGAUUUUUUCCAAUCUUCUCAUUCCAACUCCUUGACGACUUUAAUCCCCAUGGUGUUGGCGGUGCCGAUGACGGACUUGCAAAUGGACUCGAGCGACAUGUACUGGCAGUAAGGAUCCGACUGCUUUACCUUGGCGAUCUCGUAGACGUGCUUCAGCGUGACGGAGGACGCCGCCACGUGGCCGGGGCGGCUGCUGCCGGACUCGAUCCCGGCGGCCUUCUUCAGGUACCAGGUGACCGACGGCGACUUGACGGUGAACUCGAAGGUGUUGUCCUUGAACGCGGUUAUCGUCACCGACAUCGGGGUUUCCGACUUGUACUUCUGGGUCCGGGCGUUGAAGUCCUUGCAGAAGGCCAUCAGGUUCAAUCUGUAUUGCCCGAGCGCCGGACCGACGGGCGGCGCCGGUCGGGCUCCUCCCGCCGGGACUGUGAGUCGGAUCGUGGCCGCGACGGGGCGCCGAGUCAGAAUCUCCUUCAGUGUCGCCAUUUGAUCGGAUUUGGAGCGAGAGCGGGGAAGGAUUUUCCUCCGGUGGAAUGGGGAAGAGAGAUGAGAAGAUGCGACGGCGGGGUUUGGGAAGAGCGGCCGAAAGGGUUUUGUUUAGCGUUGUAUUGGGCCUCAUGGACUAUGCUCUCGCGUUUUGGGCCCGGCCUCUUUUUUUUCCCUUAUCGGGCCUUUUAGGUAAUCUUACUUUAAAGCUUAUUAGACCAAGU